AACACGUCCAGUGACAUAACCAGCCUCCCUCUCUGCCAAUAUGAAAGCAAUCAUUCAGCGGGUUUUGUCAGCGUCCGUGACAGUGGACAAGGAGGUCAUAUCUUCCAUAGGAAAGGGAGUUUUAGUCUUUGCGGCAGUGGCUCCUGGUGACACAGAGAGAGAGGCAAAGUCCUUGGCUGCCAAAGUCCUGAAGAUGAAGCUUUGGGAUGACGACUCAGGCGGCAGAUGGAAGCAGAGCGUCAAAGACAUUGAAGGAGAGGUUCUCUGCGUGUCACAAUUCACGCUGCUGGCCAAGACGACCAAGGGAUCCAAGCCAGACUUUCAUGGUGCCCUGGGCGGUGACGAGGCCAGCAUAUUGUAUCACUACUUCUUUCAGGAGGUCCAGAAAGGUUACCUUGCCGACCGAGUCAAAAAUGGAAAAUUCCAGGCCAUGAUGGAAGUGGCCUUGGUCAACGAUGGGCCGGUCACGCUUGAGCUAGCAGCGUCACCUCCACCCCCGCCUGCCAACGCGAAAUCGACGUGAAGAGACUGGCGAGCGCCAACAUGCUAAGACCAUCUACAGAACCAAAGCAUGUAAAAAGACGUUCAAUAGAUGACCUUCGUCGCUCGCCCUGCGGCGCA